AUGAAGGGUGGUGUGAAGAGAAAGGCUACCUUGGAUGCUCCGGGCGAGGUGGUUGAGCCUUUUGGUGCUGCGGAUUCGGGAGGUGGAGACUGUGGGGGCUUGAAAGUUCAAAGCUUUGAGGGGAACGAGCGUACCCAGUUGCAGAACGGUGAGGUUGAGGAACCCCGUCUGGAGGAUUCUGAAGGGGAGGGUGAGGAAGGAGGGGAAGAAGAAGAGUAUGGUGCUGAGGGAGAUGAAGAAGAGGAAAAUGUUGGUGGUGCUUUUCCAGGGGCUCAAGGCGUCGUUCUUGCUGAAAAUUUUUAUGAAGUUGAAGCUAUACGUCGGAAGAGGGUGCGCAAGGGGCAGGUGCAAUACUUUAUCAAAUGGAUUGGGUGGCCUGAGACAGCCAACACUUGGGAGCCACCAGAAAAUCUAGUUUCUGUUCCUGAUGUUGUUGAAGCUUUUGAGGAGAGCCUGAGGUCAGGAAAGCAUCGUAAGCGCAAACGCAAGCAUGUGGUGCAUCAUACACAACCCAGGAAGAGGCUGGAGCGAUCUACAACUCCAUACAGCCUUCGACGUUUUUCGACAAGUACCGCUGAGAACCAUAUACAGUCUGCUCCUCCUGUUCUUAAUGAUGCUAGCCUUCCUGUUAUUCCUGCCUUUCCUCAGACUGUUCUUUUUGCUGAUGAAGUGGGAAAUGGUGCUGGCAGCCGUCUUGGAAAUGCCACACCUGGUAAUGUUAACAAGUCUGCAAUUGGUUCAGAACAAAAUAUUGAAAAUAAUGAGGAAAAUGAUUAUGAUCCUAAGCUUAGUGAGCUUAAAGCUUCUUCUGCCGGUGUGAAUGAUGCAGACAGGCUUUCAAUAAGGAUUCCAGAAGCUAGGGUUCCUUCUGGUUCUGGGUUUGCUGGCAAUAAUAAUGGUCACGCAGUUGCUAAAUCAAAGGGGGUUCGCAUGGAAAUAAGUGAGAGUGGCCGCUGCCGGGGAGCCAAAAGGAGAAAAUCUGGUUCUGUAAGGAGGUUCAACAAAGAAUUAUAUGCUGGUGAGCCUGUCAAUGCACAAAAUCCAAUUGGUGCACCUGUUGGUGCAGCUGAGGCAGCACUAACAAGGAAUGCUGGUAAUGGUCCUAAUUCGAAUCAUUCCAGACCUGCUAGCAAUAUUGUGAAGAUUAUAAAGCCAGUAGGCUAUUCAGCUUCAGUAGCCAGUGGAGCGCAGGAUGUUUUGGUGACCUUCGUUGCAUCAAAGUCUGAUGGAACAGAAGUGAUGGUUAACAAUAAGUAUCUAAAAGCAUUUAAUCCACUUCUUCUCAUCAAUUUCUAUGAACAGCAUCUUCGCUACAGCCCUACAUCUUGA